AUGCGUUUAGCUUGGUGGCUUCAGACUACGACAGAUCCGUCUUAUACCAAGACCAAGACUCUGUUCUUCAAAGACGCAGGAGUCGAAUUCGAGGACAUUCGGUAUCCAUACGAUGACACCUGGCCCGCGGCUAAGGAGAAGUUGAAGGCUCAAGGUCUCUCCGCCACAGGGCUCGUACCUGUGCUAGAGUACGAUGGUGCAAUUUUAACACAGCAUAUUGCCAUCUUGCGCUUUCUCGCCCGCGAGCUAGGAGGCUAUGAUGGCGAGACCAGUCUGGAGAAACACAGGGUCGAUACGGUGUCCGAUAUCUACAAUGACUGGAGGACUCAAUGGGUGGCCAACUUGAGUAAAGUCAGCGACGAGUUCCGGAACAAGACCGUGCCGGCAUAUUAUGAUGUCCUCUCAGGCUACUACUCCAAGACGGACGGACCAUUCCUUCUGGGCGACCGCAUCUCGUAUGCGGAUAUCGCCGUUUAUCAAUCCAUUGACAACGACGAGAAGAUCGGCACGCUGCCGGUGAGUACAUACCUCAAGGCUGCUCUGCCCUCUUCCCGAGGUUGA